AUGCGUGUCUCCUCUUCCCUCCGUAAUAUAGGUAGAGUCGCCCCGUCAGCCGCUGUGGUCGAACGUGUGCGGAGGCCUGCAUACUUGUCAAAGAUUGCGAAUGCUGAAGACUUGGUACCAUUGUUCAAGAAUGAUGACUAUAUUGGCUGGUCUGGAUUUACCGGAGUCGGCUACCCCAAGACUCUUCCAACUGCCAUUGCUGAUCAUAUCGAGUCUAACAACCUUCAGAGUGAUCCCGCGACAAAAAAGAAAUUCAACCUUUUCGUUGGUGCCUCUGUUGGGCCUGAAGUAGAAGACCGAUGGGCCGCGCUUGAUAUGAUUGCUCGCCGCUAUCCUCAUCAGGUCGGGAAAGAGACUUCCAAAGGAAUCAAUGCUGGCCGCAUCGAGUUUGCAGACAAGCAUCUUUCUAUGUUCCCGCAAGAUUUGACAUACGGUUUCUACUCCCUUCGUAAAAAGCACGGAGACCCAACCAAACCACUUGACUGGGCCAUCGUCGAGGCUACUGCUAUCACAGAAGAAGGUUACAUCGUACCCGGUGCUUCCGUUGGUGCCAGUCCCGAAAUCCUACAAUCCGCAGAAAAAAUAAUCAUCGAAGUCAACACACGUAUCCCCAGUUUAGAAGGCCUACACGACAUCAACCAUUCCUGGAUUCCUCCACACCGACAGCCAUACCUCAUUACACAUCCCUCGGAUCGUAUCGGUCUUACUGCUAUACCCAUAGAUCCUGACCGCGUUGUUGCGGUGAUAGAGGGCAAUAAGCCUGAUAACACCGGAGAGAAUGCACCUGAGACUGCGGAAAGCCGCGCUAUCGCCAAGCAUUUGAUAGAGUUCCUUUCUGGGGAGGUUGACGCUGGAAGAUUACCUCGGUCACUACUGCCGUUACAAUCUGGUAUAGGAAAUGUCGCCAAUUCAAUUAUCGGUGGCCUUGCGGAAGGGCCGUUUGACAAUGUUCAAGUGUGGACGGAGGUAUUGCAAGAUACGUUCCUCCAGUUCUUUGAUUCCGGAAAACUUGAUUUUGCCACCGCGACCUCCAUUAAAUUCAGUCCUAAUGGCUUCGACCAUUUCUACAAAAAUUGGGUCAACUACAAAGAUCGUCUGCUACUUCGUUCUCAGCAGGUCGCCAAUUCACCAGAGCUGAUCAGACGACUGGGUGUCAUUGCAAUGAAUACACCGCUUGAGGUCGACAUAUACGCGCAUGCCAACUCUACCAAUGCUCUUGGUUCUCGGAUGUUAAACGGACUCGGCGGUUCUGCAGACUUUCUCAGGAAUGCGAAGAUAUCUAUAAUGCACACCCCGUCUACCCGACCAACGAAGACCGACCCUACAGGAAUAAGCUGUAUCGUACCUUUCGCUUCACAUAUAGACCAAACUGAGCAUGAUCUGGACGUCAUCGUAACAGAACAAGGGCUUGCUGAUGUCCGUGGACUAUCACCAAGAGAACGUGCACCGAUUAUCAUCGAAAAAUGUGCGCAUCCAGAUUACAAAGAGUUAUUGCAUGAGUAUUAUGACCGCUCGUUGCACGAAUGUUUGAAACGAGGCGCAGGACACGAACCGCAUAUGCUGAGGAAUGCCUUUAAGUUCCAUACAAACUUCAUGGAACACGGUACGAUGAAACUCAAAAGCUGGGAUUGA